AGUUUCCUCCUCGCCAGCGGGGGCGCUCUAGACUUGCGGGGGGCAUUUUCAGUAAACGGUCAGCCAUCUGCCGCAGUCAGUCAGCUCCAGCGGGAAUGGAAAAUGGAGGAUUGACCGAAGAAAGACUCGAGGACGUUUCAUCGAUAUUUCUAGCGUGUAGAUCGUUUAAUGUUUACCACGACAAAUGAUUACUGCUGCAAAGACUUUGUUUGGUUUGAAGAAGCUCUCUGUUACCUAUCACAGCUGAACUGCAGACAUUGAGUUUGAAAGUAGUGAUUGACUCCAUCAUCUAUGGAGGAGAAUGUGAGCCCUGAGCUCUCUCUAGCUCCAGUGCCAGAGCAGAGCCAGGACCGCAUGGAUAGCUGCUCUCAAGGUAUUGGAGAGGAGGAUUGUGAACAAAAGGAACAGGCUGAAAGUGAAAAUGUGUCCAAAGAGACUCUAGAGGAGACAGAUAAAUCUUCCAGGGCCAGCAGUGAGAUAAAGAAGACUUGGGGUUUCCGUCAGUCCACUGUUGCAAAGAGAGAAAUGCCAGUGGAAGCAGCAACUAAUCACUCUGAAAACCGCUGUGCUGUAAGGCGUAGUGGUAGGCAGUCGAAGCGGACGGACAAACUCGAGGAAUUCCUCUUGACUGCGAAAAGAGGGUCAAGAAAGAGUGCCCCUCCCAGUCUGGAAAGUGGAGAUCCCCCUUCCCAAACCCCAACCGAUGCAGAGACUGCCUCAGAGGCCAGCUUCGAUGGUAAUGCUGACACCAAGGCUGCAGACGAUAAGGUGGAGUCCCCAGAGAGGAAGACUCGAAGUAGCACAAGGAAGCAAACUCAGAGGCAAACCCGAAGCGGUAGAGUGACCAGAGGAAGUAGUGGAGCCACGGCCAACGAUGAGGGCAGCUCUGACAAUGAUGAGGACAGCGGAGAUGCCGCCACGACAGACCAGGUACAGGAUAACAGUGAGGAGAAAAAAAAUGAUUCCUGUCCUGAACACGUAGGGAGUACCACUACUGCAGAGCUUCUCCCAGAGCAGGACUCUGAGAAGAAAGAGUUGGCUGAGGAGAUAGACAAACAUGAAGAGACAAAUGACGAAGAAGAAACGGAUGAAGAAUCUGAUGAAGAUAGUGAAGACCAAGCUACAGCAAUGGUGGUAAAACGUGGACCAAUAAGAACUUAUGUCAACAAAAAGAAGGCAGCCAAUAAGAACACUUCCCCUGUUAAAGCUCCUGCCAACAAGUGCACCACUCCCAUUAAGAUCGAAACUAACCCUAAAGCACCACAAGCUGCUGGAAACACUCGCAAACCCCAGACGCAAGAGGACAAUGAUGAGGAGGACGAUGAGAAUGACUCUUCGACAUCUUCGUCUUCUUCAUCCAUUGAGUCUGACGAGGGAGGAUAUGAUCCCAAUGCACUUUACUGCAUCUGUCGCCAGAAACACAACAAAAGAUUUAUGAUCUGCUGUGACCGCUGUGAGGAAUGGUUCCAUGGAGACUGUGUGGGAAUCACGGAGGCUCGCGGGCGCCUGAUGGAGAGAAACGGGGAGGACUACAUCUGUCCCAACUGCACUGCUAAGAAAAACCAGGUGGUCAGGCCCGCGACGACAGGCCUCUCGACAAAUACAGAGGCCGGGAGGCACAAAGCUGAUGCUGUGAUAUUAUCUGCAACUGCCGAGAAAGCUACAAGCAAAGCAGACAAUGGUCAGGCUGUGUCAACACUUCUGUCCUCCACAUCAACUGGACCUGAAGAAAAGCCAUCAGAGGAUGUGGGCAUCAAAGGCAGGAUAGAGAAAGCUACUAAUCCAACUGGGAAAAAGAAGAUAAAGAUCUUUCAGCCGGCCCUACAGCAGACAGCCGUGCCAAAAGCAGACCAGAAGGUGACGCCCAUGGUGGAGAAGAAGGCAGGGCCCGCAGCAGAGCAGAAAGCAGUACCUGUCACGGAGCAUAAAGUGGCUUCCAACGUGGAGGUGAAAACAUCACCAGCAGUGGAGGUGUCAGAGGAGAAGACCGGACAGAAGCCAGAGGAGGAGCCUUCCUCUCCCAAAUGUAUCGGGCCUGGCUGUGAGAAUAACGCCCAGCCAGAUUCAGUGUACUGUGGGAAUGACUGUAUCCUGAGACACGCUGCUGCAGCCAUGAAGUCUAUCACCGACGUCAAAGAGCCCAACCAGAAGUCACAGCAAAACAAGUCUGCUCCUAAGAGGAGCGCCUCUGGUGGGAAGAAGACACAGAAGACGACCCGGGACGAUUCCGAUUCUGAUGAAGACUACAGUCCUGAUCCAGAUGAGGACGAUGAAGAUGAGCAUGCUGAGGAACACCCGCCCCCACCAGCCACUGCAUCCUGGUCCAGCGACCAUAAUUACAUUGCAGUAACACCAGAAAAGACUACACCCAUAUCACCAACAGUGUUAAACAAAAAGUCCCCUCCCGAAGAAGAGAUGCAGAGUGAGAAGGCCCAGAUAGAGAAGGAACCAGCCGACAGUUCUGAGAAAGCUGCCCCAGCGUCUACAACACCAGUCAAAGCUAACAACAAAAAGUCCCCGACCACUAAAGCAGCCAAGGUUUCCCCAAAAGGAAAGAAGCCGACUCCUAAAUCUUCCAGCUCAAAGACCUCCAAGAAACCUGUAACACCCCCAAGUAAAACUGCAGCAAAGUCCAAGAAACCAGCGCUGCCACCCACCCACGCCCCAUCAGCCUUCCCUCCAGGUCCGAUCCACGUCACAGGAGCACUGAGAGUCGUCAAGUCCAACUUCACCAUUCCUAAGAAGCAGCCGCAACUCAAGGACAAAACCUCCCACAGUCAGUCCUCUUCGUCAUCAAGAGUCUCAUCACCUAAAGUUUCUUCACCUUCCUCCAGCCACUCAUCAUCGAGACACUCACAUCCUCCCUCGUCAGCACCUUCCGUGUCCCCCCUGCCACCUCCACCCAACAACCAGAUGAGACAGAACAUCCGCCGCUCGCUCACAGACAUCUUGUAUAAGAGGGUGAGUGACAGUGAUGAUCUGAAGAUGACUGAGAGUGAGGUGUCAAGGCUGGCUGUUGCGAUAGAGAAAGAAAUGUUCAACCUCUGCCUGAGCACCGACAGCAAGUACAAGAACAAAUACAGGUCCCUCAUGUUCAACCUGAAAGAUCCCAAAAACAAAGGUCUGUUCUACAGAGUGGUGGGUGGCGAGGUUAGUCCCUUCAGAUUGGUGAGACUGAGUGCUGAAGAGUUGCUUUCCAAAGAAAUCUCUGAGUGGAGGAAACAUGACGCUCCUGAGUCUUCCAGUACGAGAGUCCAUUUAGGUCAUUCCAGACUGGGCAACAGGCACGACUCUAGCUCUCAUAGCCUGGAUUUAGAGGAUGCCCCACCAACAUCCGAUGCAGAUGUAUGUAUCGCUGCCGCCACUUCCUCUCGCAUGGCUUCCUCUGCAGAUCAAGAUGAGCUGGUUUCUGCUCAGUCCUCUGCUAGUGAUGGCGGCAGUGGCACCAACAUGCUCGACAUUUUCAGUAACAUGCUCAAAGACACAACUUCAGAGCACAGGACUCAUCUGUUUGACCUCAACUGUAAAAUAUGCACAGGUCAGAAGAUGGAAGAUGAGCCAGCAUCUAAAAAAGCCAAACUGACUAGACCUUCAAGACAAGAGCUGCAUUCAUCCAGGUCAGGCGAUGCCUCGUCUUUAGGCCAACCACAGGACCCCACGGCCUUCCAGCACCAAGACCCCUCAGUGUACCAACACCCGGGUACUCAAUUGUACCAGUCCAACAUGGAGGUCCCUGAAUCACAGCAGCUUUACCAGGAGGACCUCAGCAUGCUGGUACCUCCAGCCCAGGCCCCCCCACCUGUUGUACCCACUGUAUCCUCUGUCAGCAUCACCCGCAGGGACCCUCGCAUGGCCAGGCACAGCUCUGUUGUGACUGUCACCUACACUGCUCCAGAAAAGCCCACCAUCAACUUACCAGAACCUCUCCCUGCUCCUGUUAUUGCUCCAGUGGAGGUUGUGCCCAAGGCACCACUGCCGAUGCCCCCAGCUUCGCCAUCCUCAGUGGCUGUCUCCAAACCCUCUAAAGCAAGUACACAUGAGCCUCCUCCUGAAGGUGAAACAGCAAUUUUCCUCCAUGGACAAGAAAAGAUUUGGAAAGGAUUCAUCAACAUGCAGACAGUGGCCAAGUUUGUAACCAAGGCUUACCUGGUCUCAGGAUCCUUUGAACACCUGAAGGAGGACUUGCCAGACACCAUUCAUAUUGGAGGCCGAAUAUCUCCUCACACGGUGUGGGACUACGUCGGGAAGCUGAAAACUUCUCUCUCUAAGGAGCUGUGUCUGAUCCGCUUCCACCCAGCGACAGAGGAAGAGGAGGUGGCAUAUGUGUCUCUUUUCUCUUACUUUAGCAGCAGGAAACGAUUCGGUGUGGUGGCCAAAAACAACCGCCGCAUUAAAGACCUCUAUCUCAUCCCACUGGGCUCAAAGGACCCUUUGCCCUCUAAACUAUUACCGUUUGAUGGGCCAGGGCUUGAACCUGCUCGACCCAACCUCCUCUUGGGGCUGUUGAUCUGCCAGAAGGACAGGAAGCGUGCUGGUGCUCCACUGGAAACUGAAGAGAAACGGUCAAAGACUCAAACCAAAGAUGACGACACCGCCCUUCCAAAGCCAUCUCCCUCAGUCAGAGUAGACAGAAGCACACGGCAGAGUCUGGAGAUUCCCUUCAGUGCAACUCCUCCAGGAUCACCUCCAUUCAGCUCCUCUGAAAUGUCUAGCAGCACUGUGACAGCCUCCUCAGUCCUUUCACUCUUGUCCUCUGUCAAAGCUCCCACAUCCUCUACUACUGGCAAGGAGUCCCCAUCCUCAUCCAGCUCUGCUGCUUCCUCUGCAGCAGCUGCCACUCCUCUCCAGACUAUCCUCAGUCUCUUGAAGAAGAAGAAGCUUGACUCAGAUGCUUCUAACUCUCCGAUUGAUCAAGUCCAGGAACUCUCCCUUCCACCAUCUACUCUGCUAGACCCCAUUGUGAAGCAGUUUGCACAGAUUUCUAAAGAAAAGCCAGUAGAGGAGGAUGAAGAUGACCGACCAUAUGACCCAGAGGAAGAGUAUGACCCCAGUAGGGGUUACAGUGUUCCACAGAAGCCUUUUGAGAUGGUAAGCAAACCUGAAGUCUCCAAGCAGCCGUUGGUGAUUGCGAGUGAACUUGAUGAUGUGGCAUAUGACCCAGAGGAUGACUCAAUAUUUGAUGAGGUGAAAACUUUAGUACCAAGUCAGACUAAGACUGCAGCUGAAAGUAUCACUGAUCCACAGAAGAUCCUGGAGAGCCUGAAAAUGAUUGGGAACCAGAUAUUACAGAAAGAGGGAGAUCAGCAAAUAAUAUCCACAGUAACACCUGGUGCCUCAGACACACUCUUAACUCAACCUAGCAAAUCCCUUUUGGCCAAUAGUCAACUACUGCAGCUUGGCAAAAAGGUGGAGGCCCUUGUAAAGUCUUCAUCGGUUGCUCCCUUGAUUAACCAGAGGAGAGAUCCUCGCCAGAUCAGGGAUCCUCGCCAGGCUCUGGCCAGCAUGAAACCGACUGAUGAACCUGAGGAGUCAGAGGAGACAUCUGCUGUGUUGGCAGAUUCUACACCUCCUUCAGAGCCACAGCUGCCCGAUGUUCCUGUUGUCCCAGACUCAUCACAAAGUGAAGGGACAAUACUGCCUCAAGAGAAAGUGAAAGCUGAGACCCUUCCCUUCAUGGGAUCAGACAAGGCAGAGGUGUCAAUUCCUUUAUUAGGAGAGGAGGUGGAACCUGAUAUGGAGGUCAACUAUAUGGAUGAAAAAGAAGUAAAAAAUGAGGAACCUGAGCCAGUCAAGUCAGAAACAGAGAUGGACAAGUACAGUAUUUGGCCAAACGCUGCCAGUAUUUUAAAAGCUGGUGAUGACUCCGAGUAUGAUGAGAAUAGCCAGGAUACACCAGCUACAAGCUAUUAUGAAGAGGCAGAAAACACCCCCUCUUUACCUUCAACAAUCCCAGUGCUCACUCAGAGCAUACCAAUGGUUGAGACUCAGUCCCAUCACAUAUCGCAUCACAUGUCAGCACCUGGCUUCGACAGCAAGUACAGACCUCCAGCUGACAUCCCCCCUCCAUCCACCUUCCCCCCUCCCCAUCAGAUACAAGGACAAAACUUGAUAAUGAGGCCUCCGCCAAUGUCUUUGCCUCCACCCAUGCAAGGUCUUCCUCCAAUGUCCGGGCCCCCUCCCAUGCAGGGACCCCUGCCGCCCAUCCAUGUUCCUCCUCCUGUACGUGCGCCUCCCCCCAUGCAGGGUGACAGUCAGCAAUAUGGCCCACCUCCGGCUGCAUACACCCCCUAUCAGAACCAGUGGCCACGCACCCAGCCGCAGCAGCAGCCACUUCCUGGACCACCUCCUCAGAAUAUCCUGCCCCCCAGAGGACCACCACCACCAUUCCCUCCAGUUGCCCAAAGAGGCCCUCCUCCUCAAAUGUUUGAUCCCUCCAUUCCCCCUCAACACAUUGGACAACAAGGUCCCCCUCCAGGGCUCCGCCCACCUCCUACUUUUGAUGGACAAAACAACUUACCUCCACCAAGAUUCACAAGUCCGCCACCACCUUUUAAUUUCCCUGCAAACAGAGGUCCCCCUCCACCUUUCACAAGUCCACCCCCUGGUCACUUUGAUAACAGGCUUCCACCUCAGUCCCACUUCCCAGGGCCUAGGGGAGUGCCGCCAUCUCAGUACAGUGACCUCAGGGCUCAACCCCAAACAGUAGACCAACCUCGAGGCCCUGCUGAACAGUAUCACAAAGACCCUCCAAACUCUUUCAAGCUAAAUGUGGAGCAAAGUCUAAAUGCUCACCAUAUUUUUAAAGAUAAUCAGGGCCCCCUGCCUGGUCCAGCAUACCGGGGACCACCACCCAACCAGUAUGAGGAUAGAAGAGGUCCACCUCUAACUGGGGAAAUGAGCAGACAACCCUUCAGUCAGCGUAACCAGUAUGUGAGCUCUGGGCCACACUCCCCACCACCACACCGAGGUUCUUUCGAUGACCACAGAGGCCCUCUGCCUCCGGAGAACAGACCACAUCCAUCUCAGCCUUUUGGAGGAUCGGAACGCUACCGCCUCGAUAGGCUCUCAGAUGAGGCUAGACCUAUUCGGCAUGGGGGGCCACUGCUACCAACUCCCCCAGAGGCUCCCAUAGUUCCUCCAAGUCGCAUAGGAGCCCACAGUCCAGACCUGCACAGGGAUAACCACUGGCGUCGCCACUCUCCUGAAAUUAGGAGGAGGAGCAGCACCACCCAAGAGGACCCAGAACUUCACAGUGGAGAUCUCUUUAGUCGCUUUGAAGGAGGGCACAGGGAACCUGUUCCUGGUCCUUUGCAACUCCCUGAAGAGAGACUGAGGGAGCUAUCUGAGGAUCACCGGAGGGAAAGAGAGCGGGAAGUCCUGCAUGCUGGCAGGCCAUCAUGGGACAGGGGGCAGGGAAAGCGGUGGAGCCGAGAGAUGGAGUGGGACAGAAGCAGAGAGAGAGAACGAGAUCAGGAGCGAAGCCGAGAAAAGGACAGAGAAAAGGACAGAGAAAAGGACAGAGAACGGGAGCGUAAUCGAGACCGCGAGCGAGACCGUGACCGUGGGAAAGAUCGCGGGAAAGACAGAGACCGCAACAGGGAAAGAGAGAGGGACAGAGACAAAGACAGAGAUCGACGGGACAAGAGCAAAAGCCGGGAAAAGAGAGAGGAGAAAAAGGAAAGCAAACACAAUGUAACUAAGGAGCGUGAAAAAACAGCAGAAAAUGACAAAAACACAUCCUAG